AGAUCGAAAAUUAUAUAAACUGGGAUUAAAAGGGUUUUAUGUCAAAGAUGACAACGACAGUACAGGGGAGGAACAAGCAUCCGAGGAGGAGAACCGUUGUCCCAAUGCAACAUUAAAGGUGGAUAUUAAUCAUGCUCUUGACCUGGAAGAAGUCGAACUAGACUCAGAGGCCGAGCUUAUGAAGAGUAUGGGAUUGCCUCUUCAGUUUGGCGGGCAGUCAGCCCACAGGGACUUUGUGGCAACAGAAAGUUACAGAAAGAGAAGUAACAUGAAGAUUAUGAAAAAGAAAAAGAAGAAGCAAAAAGAGUUGCAGCAAAAACAUGAGGAUAAAAUGGGGCAGGAAAUCCAGGAUCGAGCUUGCGGUAUCCAGUCCAUUUCUGGUGAGCUGGCCAUAGCUACAGAGCAGUGUGAGAAGAGCAGCAAACCCCAGGCUGUAUGUGAAGGGAACUGUGGAAGUUCAGAAAGUCUUGCAAAUGAGGCUUUACCCAGCGAACUUAAAGAAAAAUGGGAGAAGUACUGGAGUGAGUACGGAGAGGGCCUUCUCUGGCAAAGUUGGCUCGAGAAGCAUCAAGAGGUCUCAUCAUCUGAGGCCACCACAGCUUCCGAGCCUUGGAAUAGUCCAGACACCAGGGAAGAGUGGGAGCAGCAUUAUAGCGAACUGUACUGGUAUUACUGGGAGCAGUUUCAGUACUGGACAAGUCAAGGAUGGACUACUGAGAGCUCACAUGGUGACAACAUGGAAGCUAAUGGGGUUACCCAGGAGACGGGUUUUUCGGGAAAAAUGGAUUUGGUUAGCCCAGGGACUGAAUGCAGUGAAGUGCUGAGCUUGGAGCUGUCUCCCUCUAUCCCCAGAAGCGAGGAAACGCUCCCUUCAGGUGCUGAGCCCCACAGUGAAAUAAUCUCUGGGAUUUGUAAUUUAAAUCUGAAUUUGGAGGAAGUGGAGCAGAGCGGUGCAGCUCUAACGGUAGCCUACCAAGGUCCUCAAGAGCGUAGUUCAUCUGACAGUGAAAGCCAGAAGGAGCCCUGCGAUGGAGGAAACAGGAAGAGGAGUGCAUCUUGUGAAAAUAAAACUAUUAACCAGUCAGGUUCACGGGGGUCGUGUAGCUCGAAUUCAAAUGACAAAGAACAGUUGCUGCUUCAUGACCGAGAUGAAGACGAGGACGAAGAGCCUCCUGAAUACAGACAUGCCAAAGUCAAGAGAAGCCAUGAACUGGAUGUGGAUGAAAACCCUGUGGAAGAUCCUGAGGAAACCUGCUCUGUUUUGGGCUUCAAGUGUGGCACAGGACAAAAGUAUGGUGGAAUUCCAGAUUUCACCCACCGAAGCGUGCAGUACUUGGAGAAAAAAGCAAAACUCAAGUCCAAAUUCUUGGAUAUGCGUAAACCAAGGAAGAGCAAAAACACACACAUCUUCUUUGCAGAGGAAUCUGAAACGUCUUGCAAAAAAAAUAAAACUUUGAAGAAGGUGGAGGAGUUCCUAAAGCGGGUUAAUAAGCCUGGGGAGGAAGCCACAUCCCGGACAGCCUCUCCUCAGGGUAAAGCAGAGGCAUCGCCUGCGAGCAGUGACUCGGAGGAUCAGGAAGGCGUUACUGCUGCACAGACUGUGACACUGAAUGCUGAAAACCAAAAGCCACCAUCUUCCAGCACGGCCUUCACAGAACCUGGAGGGAGUAACCUUGAGGAGGAAGCACAGGAUGCGGCAGCGAGUGGCUCCGAUGGCCAGGGUGCGGGGAGGCAGGAGCAUGGUUGCGGGCGGCAGCUGGUCUCUCUGGAUAUUCCCGAUUAUCUCCGGGCAGAGACAGAGGAUGUCAGCCAAGCUGUAGAUGAAAAAAUUACCACAAAGAAGAAGGAGAAAAAAAGGAGGAGAAGGAAUAAAAUUGCCCUGGGAUCUAUACCUGCUGAGAUUGCGGCUGAUCCAGAGCUGGUCAAGUACUGGGCACAACGCUACAGACUGUUCUCUCGGUUUGAUGAGGGAAUUAAACUAGACAGAGAGGGAUGGUUUUCUGUUACUCCUGAGAAAAUAGCUGAGCAUAUUGCUGUCCGUGUUAGCCAGUCAUUCAACUGUGAUAUCGUAGUGGAUGCGUUCUGUGGGGUUGGAGGAAACGCUAUUCAGUUUGCAUUGACCUCAAAAAGAGUGAUUGCUAUUGAUAUUGAUCCUGAGAAGCUCAGUCUUGCGCGCAACAAUGCUGAGGUGUACGGUGUGGCGGACCAGAUAGAAUUUGUGUGCGGAGACUUCAUGGUGCUGGCUGCCGACCUGAAAGCAGAUGUUGUGUUCCUCAGCCCACCCUGGGGGGGCCCUGACUACGCUACUGCCGAAAUCUUCGAUAUCCAAACCAUGAUUUGCCCAGAUGGAUUUGAAAUUUUCAGGCUCUCCAAGAAGAUCACCAACAAUAUUGUCUAUUUUCUACCUCGGAAUGCUGACAUUGACCAGGUGGCUUCCUUAGCAGGGCCGGGAGGGAAAGUUGAAAUAGAACAAAAUUUUCUCAAUAACAAACUGAAGACGAUAACGGCUUACUUUGGUGAUCUAAUAAGGCAUGACAUCGCCUGAACUCAGUGUGGAUUCUUCCAAACCCAGCCUCCCUGACUGCUGCUUUGCCUAAGCUUUUGUACAGCUGCCUGGUCAAAAAUGACUUAAAACCAUUUUCUGCUUUAAUUUCUGUUUACAGAAAUUUGUUGUGUUUAUUGCUACUGUCAAUAAAUGUUUUAUAAUAAUUU